AUGACGGACUCCCCUGCUUCCAGUGCACUGUCGCCCCCGCUCCUUGCGAGCAAGGAGGGAAUCGCCUCGAGCGAGUCGCAGACGGACGCCUUGGUCAUCAAGCGACCGCCCCGGCAGAGAGCGUGGUACACGCGCAAGAGAGUGCUCGCCCUCGUUGGGCUCGGCGCUCUGGUCCUCGUCUUCCUCGCCGUGUUCCUGCCCGUGUUCUUUGUCGUCAUCCGGAAGAGAGGUGGUUCGGAAGUUAGAGCGGGCGCUGGUAGUACGAUUGGUGGGAGUGGUGGAGGGUCAGGCAGCGGCGUUCCAAACCCUGCGUCCCCGUCAGGGGCCACGAGCGGCGGAGAUGAUUCAAUCAUACGGUUGGUGAAUGGGACAGAGUUCACCUAUAGGAACUCCUUUGGCGGUUAUUGGGUACAAGAUCCCGCUGAUCCUUUCAACAAUAACGCUCGGCCCAAUUCUUGGACGCCUCCCCUGAACACAAGCUGGACAUGGGGAAAAGACCGAAUCCAUGGUGUCAAUCUCGGGGGUCUCUUCGUUCUCGAGCCUUUUAUCACCCCGGAUAUCUUCCAACGAUACCCGGGCGCUGUCGAUGAAUAUACACUCAGCCAGGCGAUGGCGGCGGACACGGCCAACGGCGGUCUUUCGCAACUGGAGCAGCACUACGAUACUUUUAUUACGGAGCGAGAUAUUGCUGAGAUUGCUGGUGCCGGCCUGAAUUUCCUGAGGAUACCUAUUGCUUUCUGGGCUAUUGAGACGUGGGAUGGCGAGCCCUACCUCGCGAAGACUUCCUGGAAGUAUUUCCUCCGGGUGCUUGAGUGGGCUAGGAAGUAUGGUCUGCGGGUCUGUUUAGAUUUGCAUGCGGUACCGGGGUCACAGAACGGUUACAACCACUCCGGCCGGAUGUCGCCUGUCAACUUCCUCGCUGGAAACAUGGGCCUCGCGAAUGCGGAAAGGACGCUCUAUUACAUUCGGGUUUUGACCCAAUUCAUCUCGCAGCCGGAAUAUCGAUAUCUCAUCCCAAUUUUCGGCAUUGUGAACGAGGCGCUGGUCGGCAUCAUUGGACAGGAUUCAAUUACCAGCUUCUACCUUCGUACUCACGAUAUGAUGCGGAACAUCACUGGAUUGGGAGAAGGACACGGACCGUAUAUUGCCAUCCACGACGGAUUCCAGCCUCUUUCUGUAUGGGAUAACUUCCUUCAGGGUUCCGACCGCAUCAUACUGGAUGAACAUCCCUACUUUGCUUUCGGUGGAAUUAACACGGACCCCAUUGCAGCAGUUGGUGAUACAGGAAUCGCUGGUGGUCAAUGGCCCCUAUCGGCGUGCAACGCCUGGGGCCCUGCUACAAAUUCCAGUCGUAGGAAUUUUGGAGUCACCUUUGGCGGAGAGUUCUCGGCUUCGCCCAACGACUGUGGAUUAUUCAUGGUGGGAGUCGGUCAAGUGUCGAGCAACCCUCAAUGCUCUGAAUACGACAGCUGGGAGACGUACAAUAGCACUAUGAAGGAAGGUAUCCAGAAUUUCGUGAAGGCAAGCUUCGAUGCUCUCGGAGAUUGGUUCUUCUGGACAUGGAAGAUCGGUGCAUCCCAAGAAUCAGGAAGGAUAGAAACACCCUUGUGGUCAUACCAGCUCGGUCUCCGCAACGGCUGGAUUCCUCAAGAUCCUCGAAGCGCCGUCGGCAUGUGCCAAUCAUUAAAUGCCGGUACAGAGCCUUGGGAUGGCACGUUCCAGCCCUGGCAAACGGGCACACCCUCCUCCAUACCCGAAGCAUCCUCUUCGCAAUUCCCCUGGCCGCCUGUGACUAUCAGCAGCGCAAUCGUACAAGUCAACUUACUGCCAACGUACACAAACACCGCCCCGAUUAUCACCCUUCCUCCUGCCACCUUCACAGCGGCACCGAGUUCCAUCACGGCUUCUGCUGACGGCUGGUUUAACCAUCAGGAUACAGAGGGUGGUAUCACGACUGUGGCUGGAUGCCCCUAUCCGAGCGAGUAUGAUGGCAUAUUUUCUGUUAUCCCGACUGCUCCGUGCACUGGACCUGAAUCGGCUACGACACCGACACUCCCGCCGGUGUAA